AUGGCGUGUAGGGUCGGAAUUGAUGACCCGUCGCCAGCCCCCUUCCUUGCGCUCACGAUCGCUGGUCGAACGUUUGCAGCGCUACUGGACAGUGGCGCCACAGCCUCGCUGUUCGGGGAGGAAGUUUUGGCUCACUUACGCCGGCACUCAGUCCGGCUGCGAGCCUGCAACACCGCCUUCCAACUCGCGAGCGGUGCGGCUACCUCGUGUGGCUCGGCGAGAUUGGUUGUGCGCUGGGAGGAGCGUGUACGCCGUCACAGGUUCGUGUACCUCCCUGGUCUGUCCGUACCCGUGAUAGUAGGCCGAGACUUUCUGGCCCGCACUGGGAUCGUGAUAGACAUUGCGAACAAAGGAUACAGGGAGGGCCCUGGUGCACCCCUGAAACCUUUUGCGCAUUUCCCUGUCGCUUCGGUGGCACCUAGAGCCCCAGGCGCGGCACCACGGCAGGAGGAGGGGCCCUCAGACGCCGCUCUACAGGCUCCCCUGACCUCGUUGUUGAGGAAGUCUACAAGCUGGAGCUGGGGUCCGGAGCAAGAUGAUGCCUUCAGGGCUCUCUCUAAAGCUCUUGUGGACACAGCCGAGCUGAAGCUGCCCGACCUGAACAGGGAGUUCGUAGUCCAAGCUGACGCGAGCGACCUGGGUAUAGGUGCGGUGCUGCUCCAAGAACAUGAGGACGUUCUUCGGCCAGUGGCCUUUGCCAGCCGGUCGUUGACGCCCGCAGAGCGUAACUAUUCCGUGACCGAACGUGAGUGUCUAGCGAUAGUGUUCGCUCUGCGUAAGUUCGAUCACUACGUCGACGGAGUGCCUUUUGUUGUUGAAACGGAUCACAUGGCGCUCACCUGGCUGAAGCGCUUGCGCGAGCCCUCAGGCCGCCUCGCGCGCUGGGCAUUGACGUUACAGCGCUACAACUUUGUUGUUCGCUAUCGGAAGGGGAGCACAAACGUGGUGGCCGACGCCUUGUCGCGCGCCCCCGUUUCAGACCCGGACACCUUUGACCGGCACCCCUCCGCGACAACGCUUCUGAACGAAGCCGGAGCCCUUGUCUCCAAUGGCACGGAAGGAGCGAGUUCAGGCGGCUGUGCGGCCUAUAAGCCGCCGUCGCCGGGCGAAAGUGCGUACCUGCUGGACCCUGUAACGUCCAUGGGUAUCACAUUCAGCAGACGGGAGCUGCUGGAAGCUCAGCGGAAAGACCCAUUUUGUCAGCAAAUCGCUGACGAGCUCGAAAAAGAGCACAGCUCCGAAAGGGAGCGAGGCGGCAACGCCGAUGGGCGCAAAUUGACAGCUGGUAUUGCUGUUGGCGCCGGGUGCGACGCAGCUGGUAUUGCUGCAGGCACGUUGGAUUCGUAUCUGCUGGAUGCUGAUGGAGUGCUCCUGCGCUAUAUCCCAUCUGAAGAGGCUCCUAAUGAGUCCUUUAAGGUGGUGAUCCCCCGCAGUCUACGGAGGGCCACGUUGAGCUAUUUCCAUGACUCGCGGUUGGCCGGACACGCGAGUGGCCGUAAGACUUAUCUUAAGUUGAGCCGCUCCGCAACCUGGCCAGGCAUGAAGCGUGAUGUACUUCAUUAUUCUCGCUCGUGCCGCGUGUGUCAGACUGUGAAGCCCCGUGGUGGCAAACCCCCCGGCCUCAUGCAGCCGAUCGACAGCCAGCUACCCUGGCAAAUCACGGCCUGUGACGUUAUGGGACCUUUCCCAAGAAGCCGGCAAGGUCACACAUUCCUGCUGGCCGUCACAGAUCAUUUCACGAAGUGGGUGGAACUAUUUCCCCUUCGGAAGCUAACGGCACGCGUCAUAUGGGACAAGUUGCUCGAGGUAUUCACCCGCUUUGGCUUUCCGGCGGAGUUGAUCACUGACAACGCGUCCUAUUUCACGGCCAAGGUGUUCGUCGAUGUCUGUGCAGCCUUUGGCAUAAAGCACCGCAAAACAACGACUUAUCACCCUCAGGCCAAUCCCACCGAGCGGAUGAACCGAAAUGUGAAGCCCUUGCUCGCGGCCUUUGCCCGGCAACACAGGGACUGGGACGCCUGUCUCCGCGAGAUAGGUUUCUCUUUGCGCACAUCGGUGAACCGUUCGACUGGGUACACGCCCGCUUUCCUCAAUUUCGGGAGAGAGCUGCCAAACCCUAUGGAUCGCGUUCUGCGAACCGGCAGCGGGGCGAGCGCCGUUGCGUCGGGUCUCUCCGACUACGCGGUGCAACCGCCUGCAAAGGUGAAUGCGCCAGAACAAUGCGUGAUUGGCAAGCUGACGGAUGCAGUGUGA